AUGCCAGCUGCCAUGCACAACACUGAGCAUGUCCCACACAAGAGCAAGAAUGGCCAGGUGACUGUGAUUGGGGCUGGAGUGACCCUGCAUGAAGCCCUGGCCUCUGCUGACCUGCUGAAGAAAGAAGAGAUCAGCAUUCGAAUGCCGGACCCCUUCACCAUGAAGCCCCUGGACAAGAAACUCCUUCUAGACAGUGCUCGGGCCACCAAGGGCGGGAUCCUCACGGUGGAGGACCAUUACUACGAAGGUGGCAUUGGCAAGGAGGUGUGCUCCGCAGUGGUGGGGGAGCCCGGCAUCACUGUCACCCUCCUGGCAGUCAGCCAGGUCCCCAGGAGUGGGAAGCCAGCUGAGCUGCUGAAGAUAUUUGCCAUCGACAAGGACGCCAUUGUACAGGCCGUCAGGGGCCUGGUGGCCAAGGCCUAAGGGUGUGUCCCUCAUCUUCCCCCAAGGUGCACCAGGGGACUGGGUUCCAAGAGCUGAGGUGAAUGUAGGUUUUUGAGAAAAAUGAA